UAGCAUCUAUGACUCAGAAUUCAAGUUUAAAUAAAUUAAAGAAGAUUAAGAGAAGCUAAAACACAAUACUUUUGAUAAAUAGAAAUAUAGUUAGGGAAUUAUAAUUAUUAUUUAGAGAUGUAAAUUGAUAUUUAUAAAAGAUUUUGGAUGUUUAUAUAGUAAAUCCAAAUUAGAAUAAAAUAAAAAAGAUUAGGAAAUAGCAAAGAAAUUCUUUGUAGUUUCUAAUAUAAUACCCAAAAGAUUCAAGAAGUCUCAUAGUGAUGUCAUUGAAGAUUGUUAAAGUUGAUUAGAUUGUUAUAUGUUCAUAUAAGAGUCAAUUUGUGAUGUGUGGAAUGCAAAAAUGAUGAUUACUAAAAAUUGGAUUGAAAUAAGCUUUAACUAGGGUAUUUUGAUACGAUGAUGAUGAUUGAGAAAGAAUUAGAAAAGAAAUGUAUAAGAAUAGAUAGAAACUGAUGAUAGCAGGAUUAGUCUACUUGCCAUAUAGUAAGAUGAAAUAAUUAUAUGUGUGAAUAAUUAAUUUCAG